ACGGUCAGUAAGGUGUCGUAAGCAGCUGUUAUCUUCUCAUGGUGGCUUGCGCUCCUCACUCAUGCAGUCAUGAGUCCGGUCUCCGAGGAAAGUAUAAACGAAGUAUAUAGUCAGCUGUUCGGUGCACAGCUCUCUGACAGUUGGCCAAUGCUCGUCGCCCAACGAAGCGCGUUCACUGACUCACAAUAAAAUUAUUAUUACUAAGUAUGUGAUCGAGCUUUUACCUGAAUUAUAGUUGUUAUCAAUUUGUGCUUUGUGAAUCAUGGAUACCGCAACAGCUGUGUUCGUUCUCAUCGCAAUAUUUCAAGAUUCAAUGCUAUCACGGGCCGAGGACUUCGGAUACGACGGCAGUAUAGGUCCUACUUUUUGGGGCGACACAUACAGAGAGUGCAGAGGAAAACAUCAGAGUCCCAUUAAUAUAAAUGUGCUGCGAGUGAAGCAGGUGGCGCUACCCGACAUCGUGUUUAUCGGCUUCGACGACCCCAUAGACAACGUGCAUGUCACUAACAAUGGGCACACAGUAUUAAUAGAAGUGGAGAAUGAGCCUCACCCGCGUGUAAGCGGCGGUCCGCUAGAUGGCGCCUACGUGUUUAGUCAAAUGCACUUCCACUGGGGCGACAACGACACCUUCGGCUCCGAAGAUAAAAUAAAUCACAGGAGUUUUCCGAUGGAGCUUCAUAUGGUUUUCUACAAGGAAGAAUACAAGACUGUGAAAGAGGCUGUUACUCACACAGACGGGCUGACAGUAUUGGCGUUCUUUUAUGAGUUGGACCGACAUCAACACCCAGCAUACGACGACAUAACGUCAGCUCUUGGCAACGUCACGGAGCCACAUUCGAGCGUGAUCAUGAGUAAUCCGUUCUCCAUCCUCAACAUCCUGCCCUAUGACCUGAGGAGAUACUUCACGUACAGGGGCUCUCUCACCACCCCUCCGUGUUCCGAAGUAGUCAUCUGGUUGGACUUUGAACAACCAAUUCGAUUGACACAUGAACAGAUAGAAGUGUUCAGAGAACUUAGAUCGGCCAAUGGUAAGAUUCGUCACAACUUCCGCCCGAUCCAGCCGAUAGGGGACCGGACGGUCUUCUACAACAUUGACAGCAAUUACUUCACGUACAACGAAAUUGAUGACCCCGGUCAUGAACCCGAAUGGCCUUCGAAGAGAACUAGAAAAAAUAGCUGUGGAUCAAAUAGAAAUAAUAUUUACAUUAGUUUUAGCAUCAUGUUACUAUUAGUUUACUUAUAAAUUUUAGCAUUAAUUGAAUAUUA